GUUGCGGUUGUGUUGCAGCAACGUCAAAACACCUUACACCCACGUGGGUUUUGGCGCAUGGGCGGGCGCAUGGGUUGCAACAAAGAAUUGCUUUUGGUGGUUGCAUUUGGCAUCAUCGCUUUUGCCCUUGCAGACACCUGCUUGGUUGAUGCUAUCCCUGAAGACCAACGAAAGUACUUGGUGAAUGACGGAGAAAGUUACCCACUGGGCUUGUGGAUCAACGGUUGGCCUGCGGGCUUCGUGACGGCCCACGUGGUCUGGAUCUUGCUGGAAGACAUGCUUGGCUUUCAUGUGCAAGCGACUGGUGUCGGGUCGAUGACCGUGGAUUCCUUUUAUGCGAUGGCGGGGUGCCGUACUCCGACGCAGGUCCAGGACCGAGGCUGCACGCCGGCGCCCAGCUCGACUCGCAGCCACAUCAGUGUGGAGGGAUGGACCGAGUCGUAUGUCGCGGAAUGGGCAGAGGUUCAACGAGACCUGCCACACACCGCACCCAGAAACCUAGGCAAGAUGGGUUAUUUCGGCAGGACCUCAAUGUAUUUGCCCUCCAGCAUCCAAGAAGCCGCCUACAGAGAUGAAGGUUGGAUCUUGGAAUUUUAUCGAGGCUAUAACGUCUCUUGGACCAAUCCGGCCAAGUACUUUGAUCCACUUGAGUUGAUCAAUCGAUCUUUGCUGCUGCCCUGCAAUGAGACCAGGCUCCUAGCCUCCGAGGCCAUGGAGUUCUAUGCAAGUAUCACCGGCGACUGGGAUGGUGUCGAAGUCGAGGUUCCGCACAGAGUGAGGGGCAAGUGCUUUGGCGACUACUUCUGGUACCCACCUGGUUGUCGAGAGAAUCCGUCGCAGUGCGUCCCCUUCAUCACCGGCGGAAGUGGUUGGAAUCUGGAUGAGACGAUGCAGAAGGCGACUGCGUGGAACAUGCCCAUCACGCCGGCCGUGGCCAAGGAUUGGACGACGUACACAAAGCUUCCAUUGCAGGUUCGGAGUACCUUCUACUGGUGGGUUCCAGACCCCACCUUUCUGAGAUUGAAGCCGGUGGAGAUCAGCUUUCCCCCCUUUGACCGCAUGGCCACCCUGCGUGGGGACAAGAGAACGGCCCCCAGUGACAUGAGCCUGGACAAGUAUGUCAGCAAGGACCUGAGCGUCUUGGCUCCGGAAGCACAGGGGUUAGCCGAAGCAUUUCUACUUGACUUGCAGACGGUGAAUGACAUGCUCCUGGACCUCAUCACCACAGGAGAUUCUUAUCGUGAUGUGGCAUGCCGUUGGCUUAGGGCCAAUGAAGAUCUGUGGAGGUCUUGGCUACCAGACCCGACCGCCUGUUAUGCUCAGUUUGGCUUGUACCAUUUGACCAGCAGGCAAUUUGUGAAAGAUCGAGAGGAUAUGAGAAAUCUGGUGUGCAAGGCAUGCCCCUCAGGCACCUAUUCUAAGAAACUGGUGGACAGAAAAGGCUUGACCAACAUUUGUGAAUCUUGUCCCAUUGGCACGGCCCAAGCAUCUGGCGCUUCACUCGCCUGUGAGCCUUGCAACUCCGGAUAUUACCAAGAUAUCAACGGCAGCACAUCGUGUAAGCGAUGCGGAAUUGGGAAGUACCAAGACGGUGAAGGUGAAGAUGGCUGCAAGCCGUGUCCUGUGGGUACUACCACCUUGGGCUUUGGUUCCAAAUCUUCUUCUGACUGUGUGUGCCAUGAGCACUACAUCAAUGUGGAGACUGAACAUACAGCGGUAGCUAAGUGCAUGGCCUGCACAGAAGGCUUGCAUUGCCCCCUCGGCUCUAGCUUGGAAAGCCUGAAGAGUGGAUACUCUGACAUUGGUGAGGCCUACACUCCAAGCCUCGAGAAAGGCUUCUUUGCGACGCGGGAGGAGCCCAUGGCCGUCUUCAAGUGUGGGGCGAAGGAGCAUUGUCCAGGUGGACCGCCCGGAGAAUGCGCUGGUGGCCGUGAGUUGGUGCCAUGUUCCGAGUGCCCAGCAGGGACCUCUUGGGUGGCGGACACAUGUAUGGGCUGCGAGAGGUGGAAGAUGGCUUUGUGGCUUUGCUUGCUGUUGCUGUUGAUGGCGGGGCUCAGCUUGGCCUACUAUGUGAUGAAUCCCCCCUUGAGGUCGAAGGCCUCACCGAGGGAGGCCAUGGGCAUUUGCUUUGGCAUCGGUGUGAGCUUGGUCCAAAACUUGGCCAUCAUGGGCUUGAUGACUGUGAAGUGGUCUGGCAGCUUCCAAACCGUGUCGGAUGCGUCUCGAAUUUUCCUGCUUGAUGUCGAGAACCUGUCCGUGUCCUGCCUGGUGAAUGGCCCCACAUCAUUGCGCUACAUCUCUUCAGUCUUGGUCUUCCCUGCCGGACUUUCGUGGUUGGCCUUUUGCUUCGUGGUGUCCAAACGAGCCCCUGCAGCCUGUCGUUUGCGUGGUCACGUUUGGUCAGAAGACAAGACCAAGAAUACGAUGGGACACUUCUUACAGGUUGGCUUCAGUACCAUGGCAGCUUUAGCUUUGCAGCCACUAAUGUGCUAUGCACAUCCCAAUGGCCUCCGAAGCCUGUUGAAACAUCCAGGGGUGCUUUGUGGAAGUGACACACAUUCGAUGAUGCUGGUCGCUGGGCUUUUGCUGCUCGUGGCCUUUGUCUUGAGCUUUAUCGGAGCCUGUGCAUGGGCAGCAUACAAACUUCCUGCUUGGAGCGCAACGAAUCCAAAGGCUGUGGUCAGCAGCGCUUUCCUUUUCAAUCGUUUCCGACGGGAUCGUUGGUGGUAUGGCGUGCCUCUCCUUCUGCGUGGGCCGAUGCUCUCACUUUCCGUGGUGUGCGCCACCAACUUUCCAGCUGCACAAGUUGCUGCGGGCACCGUGAUCAUCGCAGCGGUGUUGUCGAUGUUGCUCUUGCUCAUCAGUCUGACCCCAUCAGUGGAGACUUUAGACGCCAUGAAGGAAUCGGAGGCUUUUCACGAGGUGAUCUCCUUCCUUCUUCUGAUGUUCAUGGCCACUGCACUUUUGGUGGUGCUUGGAGUUCUGAGCUUUGCUGUGGUAGACCAUGUUCUUCGGAAGAAGCGGGUGGAAUACGCGUUUCUUAACCUGAGCCGUUUGCAAUCUCAUUUGGUCUCGCAGAUGUUGAGAGACACGGCCGCUGAGUUGAUGAACACUCCACAAGAGUUGAUGGAGAAAGGCUUUGGCAGGUUGAACCCCAUGGACUUGGAACGCAUCCACUUUUGCAUCGGACUGAUCUCCCUGGAGCUCCUGGACGACACUCGGAGCAGUCGCCUGAAUCGGAUCAAAGCCCAGCGCGCGACCCGCGCGACCCGCUUGAGCCUGACCUUCGGCGACGGGGGAGCCUCGACCGCCGCGGUGGCGAAGAUGGAGAACUGGGAGGGCGUCGAGGCCGCCUGUGACGUGGAGGUGCCGAGCGAGAACCACGCCGCGUUGGCUCCGAGUGUCCCCGGUGACGUGGAGAAGGUUGUGAUUGGCCUUUGAGGUGUCACAGGGUCGACCGGAGCGAAGACGAUGCGGCAGGUUCGAAAAGGAAUCACGGUAGACCAUUUGAGUGAGUGCAAAUCACCAAGCAAUUUCCCAAGGAAAUGCUUGGUCUUGCCCGUAGCAAUUUCCAAAAGGAAAUGCUGGGGCUUGACCCUUGACCAACAGAAAUCUGACUUUGGUCAGAUUGGCUUUGUCAUGCUUUGUCCACUUCUUAGCAAAUUGCGCAGUGCUGGCACUGCCAUUUGAUCAUUUGAUCGAACCACUGCCAACCAGCCCAGUUCCGGAACUUGGCCUCACGCGACUCAAAGGUGUGUGCCAUCGACCCAGACAGCGCCGCUGUUUGGGUCCAACGGUCAACGCCUCGGCUGGGCCGUUCUGGUCUCGCCGAUUCGCUGGUCGUCACUUGGUUCGGCCACCGAAGAACUGCGCCAGUUCGUGCGCACCGAACUGAGCCGGCUCGUGUUUUCAGUGGCUCAACGGAAUAGACUGGUUCAGGACAUGUCCGAACGAGUGGAGAGUCUGGAGGGUCAUCUGCCUCAGAUACUCUCAGGUUUGCGCUUCGUUCUCUUUUUGCCGGGAUGCACAUGAAAGCUAGGCUUUCUGGGUUGAAUCUUUCAUGUAGAAAGUUGAAUCCUUUGUUUUCAUUCCAUGAGUUUAAGCAGUUCCUGGAAAGCGGGCGACUGAAACUGCU